AUGACCCGACAGACGUCGCCUCAAAAUUGUCUGAUAUGUGGAGAUUCGGCGGAUUCUCUGCAUUUUGGAGCACUAUCAUGCCGAGCAUGCGCUGCAUUCUUUCGACGAAAAGUUGCUGGAAGACGGAACAUUUUCCGAAGAUGUGACCGCCAAUGCCAAGUGGAUACAGGAAUGAGAAAACUGUGUGCUAGCUGUCGUUACGAUAAAUGUUUGAAAAUGGGAAUGAGAGAAUCGGCUGUGCUCUCAAGGCUUGCUCAGAAGAAUCAGCACUAUAAGAAAUCAGUAGGGUCAUCAGACGAAUGUGAACCUUCAACUUCGAAAUCUGGAAGUAUUCUGGAGAAUCUGCAAAACGCUUAUCAAAAACUUUUGCAGGCAAGGAGAAAAGCCUUCAAUAUUACACCCGAUUCUGUCCCACAGAUCUGUAAUUACAAAAGGAUGAAUGAGGUAUUCUAUGAAGAUAUAAAACUUGUCAUGGAAAAUCUCAUUGGUGCUAUGAACUGUUCUGAAGUUCCCAAAGACCAACAGAAAGUUCUUCAUGUUCAUUUUAUGGUACCUUUCAUGCUCUGGAAGGCGGCUACAAGUCAACCAGUGAACAGUGACCUCUUUUAUCUUCCAAAUGGAGAUUACAUCGAUGAAAACAAAAUUGAAGAAUACUAUCAAAAUCCAGAUGACUUGAACGAUAAGAGUGGAGAAGCUGCUGCAGAAGUUUUUCGGCCCUAUUGGAAACUGAACCGACAAACUCUGAAAAUGCAUCUCGACGAUGUUCAGCUUGACUUGCCGGAACUUUUGUUUGUGUGUGCUAUGGUCUUCUAUGACUAUGGUCUCCAAGAUCAGACAGAUGACUGCAUAGAAAUGUGCAAGAGAGUGAGGUCACAAGUGAUUGAAGAACUAACAGAUUACGAGAAGAAUGUUCGAAUUAAUGAUGAUCAUUCGUAUCGAGUUGGUCAGAUAAUUAUGGUACUCCAAGCCAUUCAACGGACUGUGAAUAUGAUUCACGAGACAAGAGAGAUAUCAUUGGUCUAUAAUUUAUAUGAGAGGCAUUCUAGUAUUUUUGAAACAAUGAAAGAUUAG